CAGUAUUUCUGUUUUGAACCAGGAAGUAACGUGUUACAACAGCCCGUAGACAUCUGAAGAACACUACGAUGGGCUGACUGAGGAGAGCCUAGACAGCAUUAUGGAAAAGUAUUUUGUACCGUGCCUUCUACUACAUGUUAUCGCUGGCUGUUUUGCCGACGAUCUCACUUACUUGAACGGGUUCAACUCUAAAACGCCUCAGAGAUUGUCCAAAUACAGCUGGUUCGGUAAUGCCCGGCUCCAUCACUUCAUAGUACCGGAAGAUGCGGUGCUCGUGCGGUGGCUGCUCACGGUCUCUCGGGGAUCCGGACUGAACUGUGGUAACCAAAACAUCACUGUGCACUUUAGGGCAGGAGCGCCCCCGGUUAUCAACCCUAUAGAAACAGCCUUUCCAAACUCCACAUCAGUGUCUCUUGCUCACAAUUUGACGCUGACCAUUCCCAGCGGACAGAGCGGCAAUGUGACGCUGUUUAAUGUGACCCAUCCCAAGCCUGGAGACUGGUUCCUUGCUGCUCACCUGCCCAAGGAUGAAGGGAAGAUAGAGCAGCAGGGACUGCCGUCAUGCUCAUAUUUAUUUCAGGCGCAGAUGUUUUCAAGGAGAGCUGCUGACCUGCCUAUCUUGCAGCACAACAUUCCACUCUCUCAGACGCUAACUACAACUCCAGCUCUGUUUAAGGUCUUUGUUCCAGAGUUCUCCUCCAGGAUGGAUGUUUUCAUUUUGAACUGUUCUGUUAAGCUGGGAAACGAUUGUGGGCUGUCAAUCACUGUUGGCUCCAACACCUUGAAGCAGGGCUCAGAGGUGAAGCAGAACUGUUCAGGGUUAGAGAGCUGUUCCGCUUCGGUCUUCAUUCCCCCGUGGAACAGCUGGCUGAUGGUUACGCUUGAGAGUAGUCAACCAAACGCUACCAUAUCUUUCAGCAUCUCUGCCAACGUCACAGUGGGAUGUAAACCUUUGAGCGUCUCUUCAGAUUUCAACACCUCAGCCUUCAUUCGUACAAUCAUUGCUCCCCAAAGCAACAGCUCAGGUGGCCUCAGUAACACAUCUGUUUCCAUGAGAGACCAACCGGGCGUCCGUGCUAACAGCUCUGAGCCAGUGUGCAUGAGAAGCCCUUCAGUGUUCAGAGAAGAUCAGGAUGUGCUAUCACUACGCUUCAUAGUUUCCAGCAGCAACCUAACCGUGACCUCAGACCUUCCCACUGUGCUCACCCUUGAGCACUCUCCUGGUGACAGUGGCGGCACGUUUGUUGUACAGCUCAACUUAAACACUAGUUCUCUGGCUGGCGCAUUUGCUCGUGUCAAAGCAUGUCUCACACCUUCUGCUCCGGUACUUCGUGUCAACCAAAGCCAGACGUGUUCUACAGGGCUAAUGCAGGGCUAUUCUCUGAGCGUGAGCAGCAGCGAAUCGCAAGCAUUGUUGAGGAUUCCGUUUCCAGACGGAGCAGUGUGGUACCUCAGCCUCCAGACCGUGUGCAAUGACAGUGUCGACUGCAGGAACGCAUCUGCUAUAGUGAGUGCGUCUGUGAGUGUGAGCGCGUGCAUUGAUGACUGUGGGCCGUAUGGAGAGUGCAGACUGCUACGCACACACAGCUAUCUCUAUGGCGCGUGUGUGUGCAAAGCAGGUUGGCAGGGAUGGGGCUGUACGGACGGAACGACUGCACAGUCAUACUCUCGGCAGAUGGCUGCUGCCCUGCUCCUCACCCUCAGUAACUUUUUCUUCAUCCCACCCAUCGUCGUAGCACUUUACAGAGGCUAUCACGUCGAGGCCGCCAUCUACUUCUUCACCAUGUUUUUCUCCACGUUUUAUCAUGCUUGUGACCAGCCCGGGGUGACUGUGAUGUGCAUUAUGGACUAUGACACUCUCCAGUUCUGUGAUUUCCUGGGUUCUGUUGUGUCAGUGUGGGUGACCAUUGUGUGCAUGGCACGGCUCCAGGAUCCAGUAAAAUACUUAUUGUUUAUGGCGGGCACUCUCGUCAUUUCUAUGGCGAUGCAGUUGGACCGCAGGGGGCUAUGGAACCUUUUAGGUCCUGUACUGUUUGCUUUGGUCAUUAUGGUCACUUCCUGGGUUUAUCGAGGAGUGAAGCGGCGUCAAUGCUACCCUCCAAUGUGGCGCCGCUGGGUGCUGUUCCUGCUUCCGGGCAUCGUGUCUGCAUUGAUCGGAGUGUGUGUGUACGUCUUCGCUCAGACCGACAGCAACUACUACUACACUCAUUCUAUAUGGCAUGUCAUGGUGGCCACGAGCGUGGUCUUCCUCUUACCACCCCGUGAGAAACACGUUCCCCCCUGGGGCUGGACCAACAAAAUCUGUAGCUACAGCAGGUGUAAAAAUGAAAAAGUGGAGCUUUACACCGUCACUUAAAUACACUACUAUUGAUAUUUGCACAAAAUGAAUUUUCAUGUUUUACAAACAUUAGUGAUUAGCUUUACAAAACACUUCAAGCUUUAUCUGAAAUUACUGUGCACACACUAAUAACCACUUAAAGGAAUAGUUUACCCAAAAAUGUCAUUUUUACUGUCAUGAACUAAAUCAGUGGAACACAACAGGAGACAAUUCUUGACAAUUCAUACUGAUCACAUCAAUCAAGUGAAGAUUAUCAGUAAAUAACGACUUAUUUUGUUCAGUUUCUCACACAAAGCUAAUUUAUGACUCCAAAAGGUUUGUAAUAUAAUGCAUUAGUCACUAUGUUUAUGGUACGUUUUGCUGAACAAAAGCUUCUCCUUUUGUGUUUCAUGGAAAGAAAAUGUAUUGCUUACCGGUUUGAAUGACAUGAGAGCGAGUAAAUAAUGCCAUGAUUUUAAUUUUUGAAUGAACUAUUCCUUUAAGCAGGAUACUUUUACACUAUGACUUUACAAAUGAGUGGUUGCACAGAGAACAACAGCAAUGUCAAUCAUUUAUGAAUGCAAAAGGCAAAUUAGUGAAUGUCACUUGACCCAGUUUACUCCAAGAAGCACUAUUGUGAUUUCUAAAAAUCAGUUUAUUACACUGCAUUUGUCAAGUCCUUUGUGGACAAUGUAAAUGUUUUUUUAAAUCUCUUGAGAAAAACACUAGGAUUAUUCAGCACUUUAUUUCAGUUGAUUUACAUUAAGAGGUAGCACUACACUGAAUCUGCACCCACAGAACGGGGAUUGUUUCUGCAGAAUUUAUUCUUGUUUUUAAAUAGCACGUUUACUAUAAUUAAAUCCUUCACAGAAAUCUGGAGGUUUUCUUUCAAAAUCAGCACAGGAAAAAAAUAGCAGAUCCUGUCAUCACCAGAGAGGACUAUUGACCGUGUCUCUGAACAAUUGUUUGCUUACACCGGAGACCAGGUGCAAUAGUUCCUCGUUUAAUAGCCAAAAUAGUUUUACGCUAUUAUUUAUACCACUGUCAGGAAUGUACAAGAAAUUACCUCCCUUCUUCCUCCCUAAAAGCCUUGGAAUUUAUCUUGAGAUGUUGCUCUUACGUUUCAGAGGGGAAGAACUUCUUAAGCUCGCUUGUGUUUGCCAGUAUGUGAAAUUAUGCUUGUGUGAAUGGCUGUGUCUGCUUAAUAGGUUAAAGGUGUGUGUGUUUGUAACGGGUAUCCGACGUAUGAUGACCUGAUGUAUUUAAGAUGAUCUGUAUUGGUCGAGGCUUUUACAUAGAUAUGCAUAAUACUGUCUUUCUGAACCCUCAGGCCAGUUUAAACUUGAAAAGGCAUCUGUGGACGUUCUUAAGAUUUAAAUUUACACAGCAGCUAUCCUUUAAAGAUCAAAUGUAUGUAAAUCAGUGUCACUGGUUUCCAUUUAACGGGAUUCAUCUCUUUUUUCCAGAGUAAAGUGUUAAUUAGGGUUGGAAAUGAUACAGAUGUUUUACAAUGUUUUAUAUUCAUUUUGUAUUGGAAUUGAUAUCGAAAAGAAACAUGAGCUUGACUAAGAUAUAAUAGUGUCGUUUGUAAAUCUGUCAAUCCCGGACACUUUUCUUCUUUCUUAUGGGAUUUAGUUUUGGUUUAAUAUUGCUUAUCAUGACAAUCCUCGUUUUUCUUUGUGUCCAUUGGUAGGCCUUGUAAAUUGCACAAAUAUGCACUUGCGUUCGGGGUCGGGAAUGAGGCAGUGCAGUCGCAGAGAUCAUGUUUAAUUUCAUGUUUAAUGUCGAAGUUUCUUCUUUGUUGUUUUUAGUAGUUUUUUUUUAAUUUGAUUCCUGUCUCCUUUUCCUAAAAUGAUCUGUAAUCAAUAUGCCAAUGAAUGGAGAAAUAAAUAAUUCCAUGAUUAUUUAAAA